CCUCCUCUGUGCAGCGUCCUCUGUUCUGAGCCGCCAUGGGUCCUUGGAUGUUUGUAUGCCCGCCCUCCCUGUCUGGCAGUCAACAGCUGGCUCUGCAUCUCCCUUUGGAAAGCCUGGUUCUCCUGAGUGGACAAACGACACAGUUCACAUCCAGGAAAUGGCAGAAAUGGAGGCUUUGAUGGGACUGGAGCCACACUCAGUUGAUCAUGACCUACGUAAGGAACUCAUGAAGAAAAGACGGCGGUCGGAUCAAGAGCGGAGAUUCCGAGUGUUCCCCUCCAUGGAGCAAAGUGCUCUGAAGGAAUAUGAAAAACUGGAGUCUCGGACCAGAAGGGUUUUGAGCAAUACAUAUCAGAAAAUGAUUCAUUCAGUCUUCCUAGAUGACUGCAUUCCCAGCGGAGUCAAGUAUCUCAUAAACAGGCUUCUUGCCUUGAUUGAAAAGCCAUCACUGGACCCCAUCUACAUUGGAUUAUUGGGAAGCACUGGAGCUGGGAAGAGCUCCUUAAUCAAUGCCAUUAUCCAGCAAGCCAUGUUCCUACCAGUGUCUGGAGAAAACACCUGUACUUCGUGCAUCGUGCAAGUGAGCUCUGGCUGUUGUGAGUGCUUUGAGGCCAAAAUCCACCUGCUCUCUGACCAGGAAUGGAAGGAGGAACUGCGGAACCUGACCAUGCUCCUGCACAGGACCCAGGAGCUCCGCGGGGAAGAGGCGGGUGACGGGGACAGCGAUGACGCAGUGGAAGAAGCCACCUGGAGACUACAGAUGGUCUAUGGACCGGGGGCGGAGAGGAGGCGCUAUGAGGACUUACUAAGGACGAAGCCCAAAGGGAAGAUUCCCACCUCGAGAGUCAUCACUCUCAAGGCAGAAGAGGCAGAAGAGCUGUCUGUCAAGCUGGACCCUUACAUCCGGACCCCAAGCAGAGAGCAGGGUGGAGAAUCAGCUGAGACACGAAUCUGGCCCUUGAUCAAACAUGUGGAAGUGACUCUUCCCAAAUCGGCACUGAUUCCAGAAGGGGUUGUACUGGUGGACAUUCCGGGCACAGGGGACUUCAACAGCAAGCGGGACGAAGUGUGGAAAAAGACCAUUGACAAGUGCUCUGUGAUCUGGGUGGUCAGCGACAUAGAGAGCGCCGCCGGGGGACGAGCCCAUGAAGACCUUCUGAACGAGAGCCUCAGAGCCUGCCAGCGUGGCUUCUGCAGGGACAUCGCCCUGGUGGUCACUAAGACGGACAAACUGCACCUGACGGAAUAUCUGAGGGAAAGAAAGAUGGGGAAUCAAGAUGUACGAAGUCAGCACGAGGCUGUUUUUCAAAGAAAUGAAAUGGUGAAACUCCAAAGGAGGAGAAUUCUUCAAGAGAAGCUGAAGAGAAAACUGUCAGCUGACUCCAAGGUUCUGGAAGCUUCGGAUCUAGUGUACACAGUCAGCGCCCAGGAGUACUGGCAGCAGACUCUCCUCACUGAGGAGGAAACUGAAAUACCGAAGUUAAGAGAAUAUAUCAGGAAAAGGCUGCUGGAUAAGAAGAGAAGGGCAGUGACCAAAUAUGUCAUUGAAGCCUUCGGCCUGUUGCUUCUCACAGACAGUUUCAACUUGGCAGAGAGCCUGUCGAAUGAACACUUGACCAUGAGUGGUCUGCGCCAAUUUGUGGAGCGGAAGACGGAGCUGUUGGAAAAGGCCAUAGAGCAGUGCUUUGCCCACAUCGAGCGCCCCCUGCAAGAAGGGGUUCAGGUGGCCAGGACUUCCUACCGACGCAUUCUAGGGGCCUGCCUGGUGAGGAGCCGAGGGAACCAAGGGCUUCACCAGACACUGAAAGCUGUUUGUUUGAACAAUGGCGUCUAUGCCUCCAGGACACUGGCCAGGAUUGACCUGAACGAAGCCAUCUCUCAGCCCAUCUAUGACCAGAUUGACCCUGUAUUUGGAGGAAUUUUCAGGACAGGGAAGCCAACAGGCUGUGCUCUGAUGCCUCAUAUAGACGCCUUUCAGUACUCCCUGCAGGAGAAGAUGGCAGAGAUAGGAACAAGACAUGGCUGGAAACAUGACAGCUACAAGAAAAGUUUCCUGAUUCAGGAAAUCAGUGCCAUCCUGGGAGACCUGGAGGGCUACAUUCUACGAAGGAAGAGGAGGAUUUACCAGGCUGUCACCAGCUCCGUCCAGAACGACCUGAAAUCCUGUUACGAAGAGGCAGCUCAGAUCACUGGCAAGAAAGCCUGCGAGAGAAUGAAGGAUGUCAUCAGAAGAGGGGUGGAGCGGCAGGUGGCCGAGGGCAUGUUCGAAAGGGCUCAAGAGAGGAUGCAGCACCAGUUUCAACAGCUGAAGCAUGGAAUCACUGAGAAGGUGAAGGGCAGUAUCGCCACCAUGUUGACCCUUGCUUCAUCCCAGGGUGAUGGUCUCUACAAGGAGCUUGCAGACAUCAGCAGUGAGUACAAGGCCAUGGAGAGGCUCCACAGAAGCCUGGCGGAGGUGGCUGAGAACGCACAGCUGCGGAGGAGCAUGCAGGAUUUCCUCCUGGGGAGGUCCCCCAACAAAGCGGCACCCCCAGAACAGAACUUGAAUCCUUGGGGCUUAGCUCUAAGGGGUUGA